UGUCGCUGUCUGGUAGUUGUCGUUUGUGGGGUGCUGCUAUUGUUCGUUGUUGUUCGAUUUGCGGGUUAUUCUUUGUUAUUGUUUUGAUAUAUUCAAGUUAAUUAAUAAUGGCAACGGACAGAGGAGAAGAUGUUCUGAUUCAAUUUACUAACUGUCGCUUGAUUCGUAAUCACCAGCUUAUCAAGGAUGACUUGUGGAUUCGAAAUGGGCGUAUCAUCAAUCCGGAGCCAGUGUUCUUUGAUGAAAAGGAAUUGGCCCACAAAAGAUACGAUUGCAACAAUGCUAUAAUUGCUGCGGGGUACAUUGACCUCCAAAUCAAUGGGGGAUAUGGUGUGGAUUUUUCUUACGACACCGAAACCGUGGAAGAUGGCAUUAAUAAAGUUGCAAAUGGAUUAAUACAAAAUGGUGUAACUUCAUUCUGUCCUACGAUAGUAACAUCACCCAAAGAAACGUAUCGUAGCGUAUUACCUCGAAUUCCAAAGACCACAAAGGGUGCCGGUGUAUUGGGUGUACACUUAGAAGGUCCAUUUAUUAACAUUAAGAAGAAAGGUGCUCAUCCCGAAAACUGUAUAAAGGAACUGGAUAAUGGCUUUCAAGGAUUAAUGGAUGUUUAUGGAACACUGGAAAAUGUCAAAAUCGUGACUCUGGCCCCUGAGAUCGAUUCCACGGCUCAAGUUAUUAAACAACUGACUGAUCAAGGUAUAACUGUAGCUUUGGGCCAUUCUAUGGGUAGCUUAAAGGACGGCGAAGUAGCGGUUCAAAACGGAGCCACUUUGAUAACACAUUUGUUCAAUGCCAUGUUGCCUUUUCACCAUCGUGAUCCAGGGCUGGUGGGACUUUUGGCUUCGGAUGCCAUCCCAGAGGGACAAACGGUGUAUUUUGGUAUCAUUGCGGAUGGAGUUCACACUCACCCGGCCGCCUUAAGAAUUGCCCAUCGUACCCAUCCCGAAGGUUUGUGCCUAGUCACGGAUGCCAUUUCAGCCUUGGGCUUGGAAGAAGGCAUUCAUCAUAUUGGUCAAUUGAAACUAGAAGUAAAGGAUGCCAAAGCAUUCGUGGCCGGCACUGAUACACUAUGUGGCAGCAUAGCCCCAAUGGAUGAGUGCGUUCGCAUAUUUCGCAAAGCCACAGGUUGUUCCACAAUAUACGCCAUUGAAGCAGCCACCUUACAUCCUGCAAAAUGUUUAAAAAUGGAAAAAACCAAAGGAACAUUGGAUUUUGACUCAGAUGCCGACUUUAUUCUCUUGGAUGACGGCUUAAAUGUGCUUUCCACCUGGAUUGGUGGCCAAUGUGUGUUUUGUACUGAUGAAACAAAAUCUAUUUUUAAUUGUUCUAACGCUUGUUAAAUGUGCACGAGUAUAAUCAUUUUUACACAAAAAAAACCAUACACGUUAUAAUGUGUUCAUGUUAUAUGCAUGCAUAAAGUAUAUUUUUAUUUUUAUACCAAUAUUUUGUA